CGUGACCUUUAGGUCUAUUAAUGAGUAACUCUCAGAGUGUCAAUCAUUUCAGCGCCUCUCAACUACUGUGAGAUCCUUCACUUACACGGAAGAUGAAUUCUGACAAAAAGAUCACCAUGAGCAUACAAGAAUUUACUUUCUCUGAUGAUUACGACAACUACACAGGGAUGUAUGACGGGGACUGCUGUGGAGAAGGACUUGUGUGUGAUCAGGACUCAAGCAUGCACUUUGAUUCCAUUUUUAUCCCGGUCCUUUACUCUCUGGCGCUGGUAGUGGGGCUGCUGGGAAACGGACUGGUUCUGGUUGUACUGUGGAAGAAAAGGCAGAGCUUGAAUGUUACAGACAUCUUCAUCCUUCACCUGAGUUUAGCAGACACUCUGCUGCUGAUGACGCUGCCCUUCUGGGCUGUAGAGGCAGUGAAGGGCUGGAUCUUCGGCACAGCGCUCUGCAAACUGAACGGAGCUAUAUUCAAGAUCAAUUUCUACUGUGGGAUUUUCAUGCUUUCCUGCAUCAGUCUUGACCGCUUCCUGUCCAUCGUCUAUGCAGUGCAGAUGUAUUCUCGUAAAAAGCCAAUGGUGACUCACUGUUGCUGCCUGAUGGUCUGGGUCUUCUGCAUUCUGCUCUCAAUUCCUGACUGGAAAUUCCUUACGGACUACGCGGACAGCAGACGUCAGGAUAAAAUAGAAUGUGUUCCGUUUUACCCCUCUGAUAAUUGGCAUCUGUACUCUCGUCUGCUGUACCAUAUUUUGGGUUUUGCUCUUCCAGCAAUAAUGAUGUUGUUCUGUUACUCUUGCAUCCUCCUGCGGCUGCGACGUGGCUCUCAGGGCAUGCAGAAGAAGAGGGCCAUCCGUGUCAUCAUAGCCCUCGUACUGGCCUUCUUCAUCAGCUGGACACCCUUCAACAUCACCCUCAUCAUUGACACCAUAAAAAACAACCUAAAAAACAACCAAACCAUCAGUUACCAAAAAUCCUGUGACAGCACCACAGCAUUGGAUGUAGCUCUUACAGCAACUUCCACAUUGAGCUACUUACACUGCUGUGUCAACCCAGUGCUUUAUGCUUUUGUGGGGGUGAAAUUUCGCCAGCAAUUGCUGGACAUACUGAGACCGCUGGGCUUCAGGCUGAAGGGUCCAGCAGGCCUGGUGUCGCGGAAAAGCUCUGUAUGGUCAGAGUCAGUGGACACAUCACACACGUCUGCUUUCUGAAAGAUCAAACUAUGUACAGUCAGUAACCAUCUCCUCUUUUUCUGCAACCUGUAACAUCUGUAUCAGUAUUAUGUCAGAAGAGUUUGGCUUUAAGUACACAAGUGUUUCUGUUCACACCAAGAAGGGUAUCUAUUAAUCAUUCUAAUUCUGAGAAUAGGGA